AUGUCCAGCAGGCGAGAGGGCCAGGAGACAACGACUCCCCUUAAGCAGCAGGAGAAACAGCAGGAGCAGGAGGAGGAGGAGGACGAUGAACGCGGGACGUGGCAUAGCAAAUGGGAUUAUUUCCUAUCCCUGUCGGGCUUAGCGAUAGGUCUCGGCAACGUGUGGCGGUUCCCGUAUCUGUGCUACAAGAACGGCGGAGGAGCCUUUCUCGUGCCGUACCUCAUCAUGCUUGCUCUGGUUGGUCUGCCGCUCUACCUGCUGGAAACAGGAGUGGGGCAAUUUAGUUCAGGCAGCCCCGUCACCAUCUACAGAGUUUGUCCCCUAUUUAAAGGCAUUGGCAUCGCAGCAACACUGGCACGUAUGUACUUAGAGACAUACUACAGCGUGGUGGUUUCUUAUCCCCUUGUCUUCCUGUACAACCUGGUGGGCAUAGGCUUACCCUGGGCGACUUGUGACAACACUUGGAACACCGAUAAUUGUUCCCAAUUAGUAUUGGAGAACAACACAGACCAAGAAAUUUCUACACAUACGCGUUCUCCAGCCGACGAAUUCUUUCAUUACCAGAUCCUGAACAUUUCCUCGGGCGUCGAAGAAGCAGGGGGUUUCGUGUUGCCUGUCGUGUUGGGAACAGUGUUUGUUUGGAUCCUCGUGUUCCUCAGUAUCUUUAAGGGGAUAAGAGUGACCGGCAAGCUGGUAUGGUUUACCGUCACCUUCCCCUUCGUCAUGCUCCUCAUACUGUUCCUCCGGGGCGUGACUCUUCCCGGGGCCUUGGACGGUAUCUACUACUACGUCUACCCUGACUUCAAGAAACUCGCUAGGCUUCAGGUGUGGGGCGACGCGGCCUCCCAGAUAUUCUUCAGCCUGGGUGCGGGCGGCGGUGCUCUCGUCUCCCUCGGAUCCUACAACAAAUUCCGUUACAACUGCCUACGCAACGCCUACAUCGUCCCCGUGUUGAAUUCGGCCACUUCGAUCUUCGCUGGCUUCGUCGUGUUCUCCGUCCUGGGUUUCAUGGCUCACCAGACGGGGAUACCGGUCGAGAAAGUGACCACUGGAGGUCCAGCCUUGGCUUUCAUAACGUACCCUGAGGCCGUGUCGAUGAUGCCCAUGGCGCAGUUAUGGGCAGUUCUGUUCUUCACGAUGCUGUUCUUCUUGGGCAUCGAUUCUAUUUUCGCCGAGAUGGAGUCAAUGGUUCUCACGGUCACCGACGCUUUCCCACGCCUACGUCACGCCAGGACCUGGGUCACCCUGGCGUUCUGCGUAGGCCUAUGUCUCGUGGCACUCAGUUGCUGCACUAAGGUCAGUGUCAAGUUUGUAGUUGGUGAGGGUGUUGGUCGUCUGAUCAGAGAUAUACAAAUGAUGACAGGAAAAGUUGUACCUUACUUCUGGUAUAUAACUUGGUUGGCAGUUACACCAUCUGUGUUGGCAUUCAUCUUCGUCAACAUCUUCGCCCGGAGUUCUCCCGUGAGCUACAGAGGGGUCGAAUUCCCCGCUUGGGCUCAGGCACUUGGUUGGGUCAUCGCCGCGACGUCCAUGUUAACAGCUCCCUUAUAUGCCCUGUCCUUCCUCGUCUGUGGAAGUGCGGGGUCGUUUCAUAAGCGCCUCUCCACCGGCCUCAGACCCUCCGACGACUGGGGGCCUGGCCAGGAAAGGUUCAAAUCCCUGUGGUCGGAGUAUUGCUCACGGAAUGCGCUCCGUCAUCGCCUCCUCCACCCAGGACCGCCGGCAGACCAGGAUUACCAACCGAAGCAUGUGGAGGAGCUUCAGACUUGCGAGCGUCUUAUAGGCGGAGGUGUCGAGCAGGAGGAGGCUAAAAUCUGUCAAGUGUAG